GCUCACCUAUGUCCCAACGAUAUCUUAAGCCUAUUGCCCAAGCAGCCGUAUUUUUGCGUACAUCGAAGAGAGGAUUUAAAAACUCUGUCCGUGUCGCAAAUACGGAAUUCGAUGAUUGUGGUAUACCACGCAAACCGACAUGGUCUGUCAAAGAGCUCCUAUCUUCGUACCCAACGCCCUCUAUCACACCCGCCACUUUCAAGCGCCUGCACGAACUAUCGGCCCUCCUACCUCCAGAAGAAGGAACGGAAAAGCAUGACGUGCUGAAGAAAGAACUCGAGGAACUAAUUAGGAUGGUUGAAGCUGUUAAAUUAAUAGAAGUGGAAGAUACAGGGGAACAAGGAGGUGCUAUUCCAGAUGGGCGGGUGUGGGCUGAAGGAACAGGCAUACCGCUCACUCAGUCACCUCCAGGAAAGCAACCUGUGGAAGGUCGCGAGCUGCUGUCUUAUGCAGCCCGGGUCUCAGAUGACGGUUUAUACGUCGUCGAUACUGAUCGGUCCAGAUAAUUGUGUUAUCAACUUACCAGGAAUAAGUCUGUAUCUGAAAUGGCCGGUGUGGGCUCAACUGUACAAGGGUACAUUCUGUGUUUGGGCUGCCGUCGUAGGUCGCCAGUACUAAUGAACAUUAUAAUACAUUAAUACAGAUCGCAAAAAUUCUACAU